CUCACAUUAUCCCUCGCGUAGACCUUGGUGUUUCCGUUCUCUCAGGAAUCGCGUCCGCAUCCGUCUUCCUCCAGCUCGACGGAUAUGGUUCACUUGACAUGAGCCUACAAGUUGAAGGCUCAGCAUCCACCUCUGUUUUGCCCAGCGCACCCGCCAAGACUAUGGCCGACACUGAAACCUUGUCGCUUCCUGCCACAACCACUGCUACCUCUGAGGAGGCUGUGGCACCAACGGAACAACCAUCGGCAGAAUCUCCAGAAGACCCAUCAUCUACUGAUUCGUCAGACGCUGUAUCUUCAACAGCUUCCGAUGCAAAGCUCGACGAAGCAAACACAGAGACGACACCCACCAGCACUGCCGAUAUAGUUGCCGCCACUGGCAACUCUGACCCCUAUGUCCCAGAGCUUGCAGAGCUCUCUCCUUCCCCUCAAGGAGAAGAUUAUAAUGCAACCGAGCCGACUUCUCAGGCUGCCCUUCAGGUCGCCGUCACCCUCGCCACAAGCGACGAGACCUCGUCCAGAACCAGCCUCGAGAUAAUGUCAACUUUGGCGGUUGUGUUGGAGUUGAAAUGGGCGUCAAGAUUGUCGCUGGUGCUCAAGGCAAAUUGCUCUCCUUCUGGAAGGAUUCUGUGUCCACCGACUUGUUCAGUCAGAGUUGGAAAAUCUUUGAGGUCGAUAGGCGCAUGGCAUGGUCCGAUAACGCCUUCCCUCCCACAUUCAUUACAAUCUCGUCAAUUGGAUGGUCUCAUUUGUCCCGCCAUUACCGACUCAAUCAACGCGCUCAAUCAG